UCUACUUCAGUUACCUACACCCCUUCAAGCAUGGUUUCACUUGCCAAGCUGUUGAUCUCUCGGUCCGUCCAAAACCCCUAAAACCUCACACGAGCAGAAAAACAAAAUGCUGCUUCCGCUCGAUGUCUUCGCUCGUUCUCUCAAAACCAGAAUCAGUUCCACUCUCUUCACCAGACUCAUGUCGCAGUCCACUUCAAUCCCCAAAAAGCUAGAGCGGGUCCGCGACCAUGGCUACGACAACUUCAUGGAGGUCGAGAAGAAGACUCGGAAAGUUCUCAAAUUCCAUUCUUUGAUCCUAUUCCAGCGCAACCAAACCCUCCCAGUGUCCCGCCUCGACAUCCUCUCUCGGCGCCUCGGCUUCAAACAACACGAGGCGGGCAAAUUCAUUGUCAAAUUCCCUCAUGUUUACGAAAUCUACGAGCACCCAGUUCAGCGUAUCUUGUAUUGCCGAUUGACCCGGAAAGCAAUUCUUCAGAUUCAGCAGGAGAACGACGCGUUGAUUGCUCAAAUUCCCGAGGCUGUCACGCGGUUGCGCAAGUUGUUGAUGAUGUCCAAUACCGGCCGGCUUCGGCUUGAGCAUGUACGGAUUGCCAGGUCAGAAUUUGGAUUCCCUGAUGAUUUUGAGUACUCUGUUGUUUUGAAAAACCCACAAUUUUUUCGAUUGGUGGAUGCUAAAGAGACUAGGAGUAAGUAUAUUGAGAUUGUUGAUAAAGACCCCAAUUUGGCUGUUUGUGCAAUUCAGAGAGUGAGGGAAAGAGAGUACAGGGAAAAAGGAAUGGAUGCUGAGGACGGCAGGUUCUCAUUUCUUAUCAAUUUUCCACCUGGAUUUAAGAUAGGGAAGUUUUACAGGAUUGCUGUGUGGAAAUGGCAGCGGCUGCCAUAUUGGUCACCGUAUGAGGACGUUUCAGGGUAUGAUCUAAGGUCAUUGGAGGCACAGAAGAGGAUGGAGAAGAGGGCAGUGGCCACCAUUCAUGAACUAUUGUCAUUGACUGUAGAGAAGAAGAUUACCAUGGAGAGAAUUGCACAUUUUAGGCAGGCGAUGAAUUUGCCCAAAAAGGUGAAGGAGUUUCUGCUUCAGCAUCAGGGAAUUUUUUAUAUUUCAACAAGGGGGAAUCAUGGGAAGCUUCACACGGUUUUCCUUCGGGAGGGUUAUAAGAAGGGGGAGUUGAUCGAGCCAAAUGAUUUAUAUUUGGCUCGAAGAAAGUUGGCUGAGUUAGUGUUGUUGAGCCCAAGGAAGGCUAAAGUAGAUAAGGAGCUGGUUAGCUAUAGAAGGGACUGGGAAGAGGAUGACAUGAGGCGCAUUGGAAGAGACUACGAAGAAAAAGAUUUUCAAGGUUCUGAGGUUGAGAGCAACUACGUGAGAGAUAGAGGGGAGGAAGAUGAUACAGACUUGGAUUCAGAUGGAUUCUAAUGUUUCACAGAUGAGGCAAACAAUUGUGCUGACACUGUUGAGGCAGAAGAUGCUUGUGUUUCAGAAGUGACCGAGAUAAGCAUAGUAAUUUGAGGACUAUGUGUUGCUGUUUUUUUUCAAGCAUCCAGCAGACAAUCUAAUUGCGUACAUAGACAGGUGCAGAAGCAUAACGCCAUGUAACUGGUUGAAUGAUGUCUGGAGCAAGGCCAAAAAGCUUUCAGUCAUCCAUAUGUAUAAAGAUAUCUCAUGAGGACAUGGUAUACUACAGCAAAUUUGUAGAGGUUUGGAGUGGGCUUGUAGGCUUUUGGUGAUCCCAAACUCCUCAGAUGGGACUUCAAUACGACACAAUUAGCCGCACAUUUCAGUCUAUCUUUAUCUCAAUAGAGUCUCUCCGUGACAUGUUUCGGUCCUCUUCCCCGUUGCUUAGAAAAAGUGAAUGACCGAUUCAGGUAUAAGAUACUAUCAUUACCGCCCCGACAAUUAGACUCUCCUAGAAAGUACUACUUAGUUCUUAAUAAGAAUUUUACUGAUUAGAUACGGCAUGUGGCCUAUUUGGGUCUGGUAGCAUCGACCUUUCCAUUAGUAGGAACGGUUGGUUUGGAUUUGUUGUGUUUUGUUUUCUUACUGAAUAAGUAGAAUCAGGGACAUUACGCAAUGUCGAAUCAAGUCCCAAGUUUUUUUUUUUUAAUGUACUUGUUAAGUUGUUUUCUC